AUGCGCUGUGUCUUUCGCGACUGCUCUGAGCCCGUGUUUCGCGACUCGUACAAAUGCGCCUUUCACAAGAACCGCCACGUGUGCUCGGUCAUGGAUUGCGACAACCAAGUCUACGCGCGCAAGCUCUGCGUCAAGCACGGUGCUCGCAAGCGCUGCUCGUUCCCCAAGUGCCACGCCUUCACGCAAGGCCACACUGUGUGCCCCAAACACCAAUUCUGGCUAACAUCAAGGUCAGACGCCCACAGUACUUGUGCAGGGACGUCGUACACACGCGAACUCGGUCUCGAGAACCUGGACGCGCUUGUCUUCGAGUGUACGCCGCAGUGGAUCGACGCGAUUGACCUCGCAUGGCUCGAGCCCAUUUAA